CUGCUGCUGCUGCUCUGGCUGCCGGCGGGUUGCCUCUCCCUGCUGGUGACAGUGCAGGACRUUGAGCGUUACACCACUCUGUUUGCCAGUGUGGUCCUCAAGUGUGACUACAGCACCUCUGCGCAGCUGCAGGACGUCGUGGUGACCUGGCGCUUCAAAUCCUUCUGCAAGGACCCCAUCUUUGACUACUACUCAACCUCGUACCAGGCCGGGUUAGCCCUUGGCCAGGAUCCAUCUAAUGACUGCAAUGACAACCAGCGGCAGGUACGCGUUGUCAUCCAGAAGUAUGGGCAGAAUGAGCCUGUGCUGGGCGUCGACUACCGCCAGCGCAAGAUCACCAUUCAGAACCGGGCAGACCUUGCCAUCAGUGAGGUCAUGUGGUGGGACCAUGGCGUGUACUACUGCACCGUGGAAGCACCGGGAGAUACAUCAGGCGACCCGGACAAGGAAGUUAAGCUAAUUGUUCUCCACUGGCUCACCGUACUCCUUAUCGUCCUUGGUGGGCUCCUCCUUAUCCUGCUGAUCGGAGUGUGCUGGUGCCAGUGCUGCCCCCAGUACUGCUGCUGCCACGUCCCGUGCGCCUGCUGCCCCCGGCGCUGCUGCUGCAAUGAGGAAGCACUGGAACGGCAUCACUUCAUGAAGCAGGCUCGUGCACUGGCACCCUGGAUGUCACCUAACAUGAUCUACAAAGGUGGUGAUGGGAAUUCCCAACUUUCUUCUUACAAGCUGAACCCUCUGCUGCAACGAGACGUGUCUCUGCAUAGCAGCAUUCCACUGGUGCAGCCACAAGGCCAGCUUUUUUCUAACAAGGGUGUCUUGGACUACCUGGAGUCCGAAAUCCAGAACCUUAACCUGUCCUCCCACCAGCGGCAGGCCGUGCCGCACGCAAGCCUGCUCUCCUCCCUGGGCUCCGACAUUGCGGAUCACCGGGAGCCGCGACUGCCGCCUCACGUCGACCCUGUCCCCUCCGUGCACAGCAGCAGCAACUCCUCCCGCCCGCACAGAGAUGCCCACACGCCGCGGCCCUGGGACUCCCCGGCGGAGAAGCAGAGGGAGCCCCGGCCGUGGCCUCGGCACCCUGACCAGGAUUUCCACUCCAGCCGCGGCCGCGAGCCCUGGGCCAGGCAGCAGGAGGAACGCGCAGCGAGGCAGGGCUACGACGGCCGGCCCUGGCGCCCCAGGCAGGAUGUGUCACCCGUGCGCCACGCCGACAGGGCCAAGAGCAGCAGCAGCAGCAGCAGUUUCUACCCAGAAGAGAGCAAGGAGCGCUCCGGCCAGCGGCGGGAGCCGCGAGAGCCGCCCGCGGGGCGGCGAGACUACCAGCACCACGCGAGGAGGGCCGAGGGCUCCGGCCACCGGCCGCGCAGCUACUCGCCACCAUCCCGGCGAGGCUCGUGGAGCUCCUCUGAAGAGCAGGUCCGAGUCCCGGCGGCAAACCGCAAGCGGCACCGCCGGUCCCGGGAGCGGCCCGAGGACAAACCGCCCAGUUACCGCUCGCUAGAAGUCCUCCCGGACCGGGACGGCAAGCACCGAGACGGCGCGGAGCCGCGCUCCGAGCGAGCAAGUUCCCGCAGUGGAAGAAGCAUAGUCAUUUAAUGUCGAUGCUCCAAGACCUGAGAUUUCCACUAAACUCCUCUUAACUGUCCCACCCUGUAGGCUGGGAUGGCUCCUUUUGAUUGGACAGGCAACAAGCAAAAACUCAGUUUCUUCCCAUGAAACUUGUAACUCUCAGGAAUCUAUGUUUAGUGCCCAUGAAAGCAAUACCUAAUGCAUUCUUACUGCUGUUUUGAUCUGCAAACUUAGGUUUGCACUGGGCUGUGGCCUGUUGAAAACAGCCUGUUGGAAAUGAAGUAGUUCUAGUGGCAUUGAACAAAAGGUUAUAUUCCCAACCUUUAAAUAAAGGAAGUAGUUGUCCUUUUUGGGUGCUCUGGCAUGGCAGGGAGCCCAGCCCGUAGAAGAUCCUUCACACACUGCUCACUGGUAAAUGGCUCAGGGACUCAGAGUUGUCUAAUCACGGAGCAGUACAUUAAUUUGGGUUGGACGAAACCUCUGGCAGUCAUCUGGCCUGGCCCUCUGGCC